UUGACUCAUGAUUUCAACUAUGAAUAUUUAUAUAUGAUAAGCGAAUAAGUUACUUCGUUAAUUUUAUUUGCAGGAAAUUAUAAUUGAUAGUAUAAUCAGUUAAAGAAGCAAACAUAACAUUUUUGACACUGUGACUGUAAUAAUCACAACCUUCUCACUUUUAAUAUGCUUAGACUGCCGGUUAGUAAACUUUAAUUUCUGACGUUAUAUUAAGGUUUACGUUACAAAAAAUAAGCUUAGGGAUUAUGUAUUACAGCUAAAUUUAAAUUUGAUUAGUGUUCGGAAUGUUAGUCAUUACCCAUUGGAUAAAUACUCUGAUUUAGUCUCAACCAGAUUUGUUUUCAUAUUCACAUCAUCAAAUUCACUGAGCUUUGUCGAUAAAUUCUAUAAUGAAUAGAUCAAUAACUUAAGAUUGUUUUAAACAAAAUAAUGAAUUUCUACAUUAUACAACUGAAAUCGUAGUUCAAUCGAUUAUUGCACAUAAUCAAUUAUUGAUCACUAAUUAAUUCAAAUUCUCCUUAUUUUAUUCCUACAGUUAUUUUUUAAAAAAAAAGCUGUGUUGGUAGCGUUUAAUGAUAUUAAGAAAAUGGAUGGAAAUGAUAGAAAUUUAAACAGAAGAGCAAGACAACUUGUUCUAGCCACAACAUUAAUUCGUGAUGCAUGUGAGACAAGAUUAGAAAUAAAAUUUAAACAAGAUCUUUUAUCUGUACAAUUGUAUGAACAUUAUUAUAGUAAAUCAUAUGUCAUACUAUACUACUUGUUAACUAUAAUUAAUCUUUUAACAAUCAUAUUAGAAUAUCCAGGAAAUAUAUGGAUUAAUGGAAAACCUUUACCAUAUUAUAUUCCAUUAGUCAUUAAUUUAUUAUGUGAGUGCUAUUUUUAUUAUAGAUGGUAUAUUAUUUAUGUUAUGUCAGAAAAGAAGACAUUAAAAUCAAAUAUUUCAUUCAUUGCAACAAUUACUAUCUUAUCAUUAAUGACAAUUGAUGCCAUUAUUUAUAUCAUAUUUCAUGAAUUAAAUUUUUCUAGUCCUGUAAGAUGGUCAAGAGCUCUUAGACCGGUACUAUUGUUGACAUUUCCAGAAAAUAGAAGAUUACGUGCGGCAUUUUUUAAUUUACGACGUACAUUAGUCGAUGUAUUGCCUGUAUUUGGUUUGUUUGGUGCAUGUUUAAUAUUUAUUUCAAUUGUUAGUUUAACAUUAUUAGGUGAUAUGAAAUUGACAUAUCCUAAUGGUAAUAAAUAUCUAUAUGAUUUUAUUGAUGUAUUAUGGGAAUUUUAUGUUUUAACAACAACAGCCAAUUCUCCUGAUGUUAUACUACCAGCAUAUGAAUAUAAUCAUUAUUUUAUCAUAAUUUAUUUAUUUAUUUGUACAAUAUGUAAUUGGUUAUUUAUGGGUAUAUUAACAGCAUCUGUGUAUAAUUCAUAUAAAUCACAUUUAGGUGAAUUUGUAAUUAAAACAAUUGUAAAACGUAAAGAAAAAUUAGAUGAAGCAUUCAAUUUAAUAUCGACUUUAACUCCAGAUGGUCAAUUAGGUGUUAGUCAUAAUACAUUUUUACAUUUAAUGCAUAUUGUUCAUCCAAAACAUAGUAAAGAUUCAUUAAAAGUUAUUUUUCAUGUAUUAGAUAAAAAUAAAUCUGGUUAUUUAUUAAAACAUGAAUUUGAACGUUUAUCUGAAUAUAUGCAAGCCAAAUUUGAAGAGAUUGAAUUAAGUCGAACCUAUUUUAAUACAUAUAUCUCAAAAUUUUAUCAUAUUUAUACAUCAAGUAAAUUUCAACUGUUUGUUUAUUAUAUGAAUCAUAAUAUUACAAAAUUAAUGUUUACAAUACUCAUUGUUGCUAACGCUAUAUGUGUUGUUAUAUUUCAAUCUUAUCCAAAAUGUUUAGAAAUAAUUGAAUGGAUAUUUACCAUGUUAUUUAUCAGUGAAUUAAUUAUUAAUUAUUUAAUAUGUGGUGGUGUCAAAUUUUUUAAUGAUGGUUGGAAUUUAUUUGAUUUUAUAAUUAUAUUUAGUGCAUUUAUUGGACAAAUUAUUCAACUUCUAUUUUAUUCUAUGGAUAUUUAUUUACCACAUGGUAUGAUACAAAUAUUUUUAUUAUUAAGAUUAUUUCGUUUAUUAAAAUUAUUUAGUGUCAUCAAACAAUUUCGCAUAGUAAUUAAUUGUAUUCUAACUAUACUACCAUCAUUAACUGCUUAUACAACUAUAUUAUUAAUAUUAUUUUAUAUAUUUUCAUGUAUUGCUAUGGAAUUAUUUGCUUUUAUUUAUCAACCACCAUUAAAUUAUAAUUAUACAUUAAAUACAACAUGUAAUAAUAAAUAUUUACUUCAUAGUGAAUUUGUUCAAUGGCAUUAUUGUACAUUUAAUUUUAAUAGUCCUUUUGAUUCAUUCUUAUUAUUAUUCAUUAUUACAGUUGGUAAUAAUUGGCAUAUAUUUACUCAUGGUUAUGUAAUAGUUACAACAAGAUGGAGUAAAUUAUUUUUUAUUAUUAUACAUUGGAUAUGUGUUUUACUUGUAUUAAAUGUUGUGCUAGCUUUUAUUAUUGAAGCAUUUUUAAUUGAAUAUGAUUCACAACAAAGUAAAUUUGAAUUAUAUAUAAAUGAACGAUUAAAUGAUUUAGAAAUGAAUGCUGAAAAUGAAUUAAAAAAACGUGGAUUGGAAAAUUUUCGUAAAUCUGGAUUUAUAAUAUCUAAAAAAUUAUUAGAUGAAGCUGGUAUAACUGAACAAAAUACACAGAAAGUAUUCUAUUUAAAAACAGAUAAUGCAUCUAUUGAAAUAUUAAUGUUUAGAAUGUUUGAAAAAGAAAUUGAAGAAUUAGUUGAAGAUUUAACAAAUAAAUUAACAGCGCCUAAACUUAAAGCACAUGAUCCAUUUUCACAUCUAUAGUUUAUUAACAUUGACGGUUGAAAAAAACAAACCAUACAACCAUCAGAAAUUAGUAUGAAAAGUAAAGAUGGAAGCAAGUUGUAUCUUCAUAUCCAGCAAAAAAAAACAAUAGUAAAUUUAAGGAUUCAUUACUUUUGUUAUAGUUUGGUAAUGUAAGAUAAUAAGUAUGUUGAAAGUUCAAUUGGAGACAUUUGUAGAAUAAUUGCAAUAUUUCAUUUCUUCAGAGUUGAUAAUUUUACUUAAAAACUAAAUUGAAGUUUUCUAAGAAUGAUUUUAAUGUUUACAGGUAUUAGAAAAAAACAUCUAAACUCGAAAUUUAUGUUAACUUAAAACUCAUAUAUUAUAAGACUCAAAACAAUUUCCUUAGAACGUUAAUGUUAAUACUUAUUAAAUAUGUAAUUAAUACUUCACAGUUUAUACAGAUUCUAUGUUUAUUCAUUUGCGUUUAAAUAGCUCCAUGUAUUAAUGAAAUAUUUGGUUAACAAUAUUCAUUUUAAAAUAUUCUGUACGAUGAAAUAUGUGAAACAUAUGUUGAGACGGUCAUUGAAUGUUGUUUUUGAUUGAAUGUGAUGUAUUUAUUUAAAAUAAAUUUUACCAUGUUAUAAAAAAAUAAUUCAUUACACCCAACCUUAAAAACAUUGAUGUUAUUUCCGAACCUUUUACGUCUGCUGUCAUGAAUGAUGACGAACCAUGAAAGCAAAGUUAUAUUACGGGGAAUGAAACGUCUUAGCAACCAGGAGUAAGAUCGUUAGAUUUAUCAAACUUGCCAUCUUAUUCAGCAGUAGAAUAUAUAACUGCUUAAAUUUAUUUACUAACUUAUUAUACCUUGACGUUAUUCCCAUCUUCUUAUCUUCCAAAAAGCAUUAAAUCGUAAACUCAAGAACCAUAAAAAGAGAUUAUUCUCUUUCUCAGACCAAUACUUCACUGCUUUAAAUGCAAGAUGUAACUGUGAAAAUAUAAUACGUUUUCUUUUAUGUAUUUCUGUAAUGUCAGAAGGCUUUUGAAAACAAAUAGACGGAAUCUUCUGAGAUACACUAUGAAAGCUGAGUUUAUGUAAAUAGAAGAACGUUGUAAUAUGAUUUAAACUCCCAAUCUACAUACAAAGCUACAGGUAGUUACUAGAAAUCAGUGAAAAAUAUUUAUCUCAAUCGAAGUAACCAAUGUCGUGGGGAGUCAUAAACAACGACCGUCCAGUGUUUCCAGGU